AUGUCUCAUGCACCUCUAACUACAGCUGUUGAAGGUAUUCAGCCUACAUCAUACGUGGGUUUUGAUACGAUUACCAGUCAAAUUGAGCAUCGGUUGCUUAAGAAGGGCUUCCAAUUUAAUAUCAUGGUAGUUGGACACUCCGGACUCGGUAAAAGUACCUUGCUCAAUACUUUAUUUUCCUCCCAUUUAAUUGAUUCUUCAAGUGGUGUCGACAUUACCACUAUACCAAUUACAAAAACAACGGAAAUAAAGGUUUCAUCUCAUUCUCUUCUUGAAGAUAGGGUUCGAUUAAACAUCAAUGUGAUUGAUACACCUGGUUUUGGUGAUCAAAUAAACAAUGACAAGGUUUGGGAGCCAAUUGUGAAAUACAUCAAGGAGCAAUACUCUCAAUAUUUACGCAAGGAAUUGACGGCACAACGUGAUCGCAGAAUCACAGACACUCGCGUUCACGCAGUGUUGUAUUUUAUUGAACCAAAUGGCAAAGGUCUUACCGAUUUGGACGUUGCUACUUUGAAAAGGUUAACGCAAAUUGCAAACGUCAUACCAGUCAUUGGUAAAGCGGAUACUUUGACAAUUGAUGAGAGAACUUCAUUCAGAGAAAUAAUUCAGAAUGAAUUUAAAAAGCAUGAUUUCCAUAUCUAUCCCUAUGAUACGGAUGACUUGAAUGAAGAGGAAUUGGAGUUGAAUGAAAGUAUAAGAUCCAUAAUUCCUUUUGCAGUAGUAGGUUCAGAAAAAGAGGUGGAAAUUAAUGGCGAAACUUUUAAAGGCAGAAAAACUCGCUGGGGUGCAAUAAACGUUGAAGAUAUCAAUCAGUGUGAAUUCGUUUAUUUGAGAGAGUUUUUGAUAAGAACGCAUUUGCAAGAUCUUAUUGAGAGCACAGCAUUUAUACACUAUGAGGGGUUCAGAGCUAGACAACUGAUUGCCUUGAAAGAAAAUGCCAGUAGUAGAACUUCUGCACAAAUGUCGUCUAAUGGGUUGUCGCAGCGCUAG